AUGAGAUAUCUUGAAGUCGAGGAGGCUACGUCGGACACGUUGGCCAGCGAGAUAAUGGCUGGCGGUGGGGUCUGGGCUGUAGAUAUGAUGCCUUGGCUGAGUCAUCUGCCGUCAUGGUUCCCCGGUGCGGGCUUUCAAAAGAAAGCAGCCGUAUGGAAGAAAGGCUUUGACGAGCUUCGCGAGGCUCCCUUCACCACUGUAAAGGACAUGCUAAGUAUGGGAAAAGCGAAACCGUCUUUCUGCGCAGAGCUCCUUACCAUGUCAGGUGAGAAUAUAACCGAACAAUAUGAGACUGAUAUUAAGGACACCGCCAACUCGAUGUACAGCGCAUCCAUGGACACUACCGUGGUAAUCAUGUCUCACUUCCUGCUCGCCAUGAUGCAGUACCCGAAUGUGCAGGCAAAGGCGCAGGCUGAGCUUGAUAGCAUUCUCGGCGCCGGUCCGGGCAGACUGCCUACGUUCGCUGACCGUGACAGAUUACCUUACGGCGAGCUGGACGCGUAUCCGAUAUACAAUGAGCCUGACACAGUGCUCUCCACAGUACAGGCCAUUGUCGAGGAGACCUUCCGUUGGUCGUGCCCCGUUCCCCUUGCCCUUCCUCAAUGUCUGCUCGAGGAUGACGAGUUUGAUGGGAUGCUCAUGCCUAAGGACUCUAUCAUUUUCGCCAACAUUUGGAACAUUGUGAGGGACGAGACCAUCUAUCCCAACCCCGAGAAGUUUGACCCAGAGCGUUUCAUCGGCUCGAACAAGCAGCACAACUCACGCCAGGUGACUAGGGAGCUUUUUUUUUUGGCUCACUUUCCACUCAACACCUGA